UACUUUGUUGUUAACUAUAUUAUUCUUACCCCUUGCGUCCGGAACUGAACUUUUUCUUCCUGUAACUGAACCAUUUUUUUUUUCCUCUGUUCAUAUUGUCGUAAUACCCAGGCUCCUAUGUUUUCUUAUGCUCAGGGAGCACAUAAUCUUCUCAUUUUCCAUCAUUACAAUCAUCAUAUGAAGAAGAUGCUCAUGGUAUCGUGCAUCUGGUAAAAAUAUAGGCUUUAACCCUCCAUGUGGGUAUAAUUGUCACAAUUAUAUCAUUAUGUAUCUGUAAUAUUUUCUUUGUAGUACUGGCACCGCCAGAUUCCUUUGGCAGAGAGAGCGGCUGCUUUUAUGCAUACAUCAUCCAUUUGUUUAGUAUUUCGUAGGUGGUUUCUCCAUCAUUUCACACGCUGGAUGUUCCCUUGGCUUCUUGUGCCUAAGAGUGAUUGAAAACAUGGGUCUGCUUCAACUCUGAACCAAGUUUCUUCCUUGGUGGGAAUAUUAGGAGGAAUAAGAAAUCUGUGGAUGGGUUUGUAAACUGUAACAGCAGUGAAACUGAGUUUCUUUCUUCUUGUUUUUUGGCUGGCACAACUAGUACAACUGUAGCAGCAGUUAGGUGGUUCUGUAGCUGAUUCAGUAGGACUAGUAGGACUAGUAGUCCUUAGUUCUUUUUUCAUCUGCAAGUAUGGCAGGUGGAGGAGGAGGGGGAGCUGCGGGAGGAGGGGGAGCUGCGGGAGGUGGAGGUGGAGGUGGAGGAGGAGGAGGAGGAGGAGGAGGAGGAGGGGGAGCCCCAAAGGUUGAUGAAUUACAGCCUCACCCAGCAAAGGAUCAGCUCCCAGGAGUAGAUUACUGCAUAACGAGUCCUCCUCCAUGGCCGGAGGCUAUUCUUCUUGGUUUUCAGCACUAUCUGGUUAUGUUAGGCACCACUGUUAUCAUCCCCUCAUUCUUUGUUCCUCAGAUGGGUGGCUCAAAUGAUGACAAAGCUAGAGUUAUCCAGACGUUACUGUUUGUAGCGGGUCUCAACACCCUUUUACAAUCCUACUUUGGGACUAGGCUUCCUGCCGUUAUAGGAGGAUCCUAUGCUUUCAUUCUUCCAACUGUUUCCAUUGUUGGUUCUAGCAAAUUCCAAAACCUGAAUGAUCACGAUAGAUUUUUGCAUUCGAUGCGAGGAGUGCAGGCAGCUCUCAUUGUUGCGUCCAGUUUGCAAAUUAUUGUUGGAUUCAGUGGUCUCUGGGCUAUUGUUGCUAGGUUUUUAAGUCCACUUGCUGCAGUUCCUCUAAUAACUCUUGUGGGGCUUGGGCUCUAUGAACUUGGCUUCCCUGGGGUAGCCAAAUGCAUAGAGAUAGGACUUCCACAGCUUAUUGCAUUGGUCUUUUUUUCACAGUAUGCGCGACACAUCAAGCCUGGAAAGAAACCUAUUUUUGAGCGCUUUGCUGUCAUCUUCGCUGUUGCAAUUGUUUGGCUUUAUGCUUAUUUUCUCACUGUAGGUGGAGCAUACAAGCAUAGCCCUCAAAAAACCCAACUUCAUUGCAAGACAGAUAGUUCUGGAUUGGUUAAACAUGCCCCAUGGAUAAGGAUCCCCUAUCCAUUCCAAUGGGGAGCACCCAUAUUUGAUGCAGGACAAGCAUUUGCAAUGAUGGCUGCUGCUUUCGUCUCACUUGUUGAGGUUAGCUUGUCACAUUCCAAAUUCCAAUCUUCAUUUUUAAAUUUUUUGUGGUUGCUGACUACUUCGUUAAGUUAUCCAUAUGCUGCAAAGUGUAUUGAUUGUUGUACUUUGAAUUGGCAGUCUAGCGGUGCAUUUUACGCUGUGUCAAGGUUCGCAAGCGCCACAGCUCCUCCUCCAUCUAUCCUUAGCAGAGGUAUAGGCUGGCAGGGAAUUGGAAUUUUGUUGGAUGGGAUGUUUGGAACUGUAAAUGGGUCCACUGUAUCAGUUGAGAAUGCUGGUCUUCUGGCAUUGACACGAGUUGGAAGUCGCAGGGUUAUACAGAUAGCAGCAGGGUUUAUGAUAUUCUUCUCUAUUCUUGGCAAAUUUGGAGCAAUCUUUGCUUCCAUUCCAAUAUCUAUCGUUGCUGCUUUGUAUUGCCUUUUCUUUGGUUAUGUUGCUGCUGGAGGGAUUAGCUUUCUCCAAUAUUGUAAUCUAAAUAGUUUCAGGACAAUUUUCAUCCUGGGAUUCUCUUUGUUUUUGGGCUUAUCCAUACCUCAGUAUUUCAAUGAGUUCACGGUUGCUUCCGGGCAUGGUCCAGUCCACACUGGAUCACGAUGGUUCAAUGACAUUCUCAACGUGAUUUUCUCAUCACCAGCAACAGUUGCUGGAAUUGUAGCAAUAUUACUGGAUAACACUUUGCAUAUAAGGGAUAGUUCAACAAGGAAAGACAGGGGUUGGCAUUGGUGGGACAAGUCGCGUAAAUUCAAAACAGAUCCCAGAAGUGAAGAAUUUUAUUCUCUUCCUUUCAGACUAAAUAAGUUUUUCCCGUCUGUCUGAAGAAGCAGUUGUAUUAUGGUUGAGGUUGGGAGUACCUGUGUUAUGGGCAGCCUCAGUGCAUGCAAAGAAUAAUUUUGUAUUCAUUGGAUAUAACUUGAUAUUAAGAAAGUCUUAGGUGUUAAUAUUUUACUACUUUCACCGAUAUAGGGCACAGUUUUAAGAACUGCCUUAAAUAAGUCUGUGCCCUGAUCAACCAUUGUUCAGAUCUUUUCUAUUGCAUGUGCUUCGCACACAGCAAAACAGAAUUGUGAAUAGGUAGGAUACUUAGCAGAGUAUUUUUAGAUGUCAUCUUGACCCAAAAUUCUCAAGAUGCAUGUUUUGUGCACAACUAGCUUAAUUUUGUUAGUGUAAUUAUAAAGAUGCAACGGUAAAAUCUUUAAUUGUUCAUGCUUUGGAAUUAGAAUUGAGCCAAUGAGCAUAUAUUUUGGAACAA